ACUUAUAAAGCAAAUUAAUUGAAAAAUGAAAGUCUGGAUUGUAGACUUGCUCAAUUUGUCAGUCUUCCACUGUUACUUAGGUAGGGACCAUGGAUUUGGCUCUAAGCAGCUUCAUAGGGGACAACUCCUUGCGCUCAUCGUCGCAUAGAUCCAAUGGCCAUGAUCAGCCAUUGGUGUAAAGAACGCUACUCACGUUUUCCUAAAGUUGAAUUUUGCAUGCCAUAUUGUUUGAUACUAUCAAAAGAAUAUGUAGGAAAUUGGGAAAGCUUAAGGCAUAUGAUGAUUUAUACAAUAAAUAAAUUGGGAACAAGAAAAUGUGGAAACGAUGUUUUCCAACUAGCAAAAAAUGAGAGAGAGGAAGUGUAGGGAUCAAGAUCAUGUUAAUUCCAUUAAGAGUGAGGAUCAAAGGGUCUUGGUGAAGGAUGCGAGACCAAUGUAAGGAGGAGAGUUUAUUUUAAAAAAUUGUCAAAGGAUGACCACUCUGGGAGCACAAUGUCAGGAGGAACCUUUGACAUAAAUGCGGUAAGAGGUCAUAGAUACAUUUGUAGCAUUAGGAUAUCUGAAGUGAAAGAAGCUUUGAGAAAAAUGAAGAUAGAAAAGGAUUUACAUCUAUAUGGUAAUACAAAUAAAGAUUUUGGAAGUGCACGAGAGAGAUUGAGGCCUACAUUAGGGGUCAAUACUGAGCUCAUAUCUAUUUUCUAUGUUUUCGUAUGAGUUAACUAGACAUCUAUAGGAUGAGGUCCUGUGGUGUAUGUUAUUUGCGAAAGAAUAGCUUUGAUUGAUGAGAUUGGAGACGAAGUCAACAAAAAGUUAGAACUUUGGGGUGAUGCUCUAGAAUCUAAAUGUUUUAAAAUUAGCCUUACUAAGACAAAAUUUAUGGAAUGCAAGUUUAGUAAUAAUAGGAGUAGAAGCGAGGAAUUAGUUAAGAUUGAUGGCUAAAAAGUACCUAAACGACUGUAGUUUCAAUAUAUUGGGUCGAUAGUCCAUGAGAAUGGAAAGAUUGACAAAGAUGCUUUGCAUAGAAUCGAAGUUGGGUGGACGAAGUGGAGAUGUGCUUCUGAAGUCCUAUGUGAUCAUCACAUAUUAACGAAAUUGAAAGGCAAGUUCUAUAAGAUGAUUAUAAGACCAAUUAUGCUUUAUGGAAUGAAAUGUUGGGUAGUCAAGAAACAACAUAUUCAAGAAUGAAUGUAAUUGAGAUGAGAAUAUUGAGAUGGAUGAGUGACAAGACGAGAAAUGAUAGAAUUUGGAAUGAAUACAUCCGAGGGAACUUAAGGGUAACUCUAAUAGGCGAUAAGAUGAGGAAAGUACACUUAGGUGAUCUGGCCAUGUGCAACGUUGCCUAGAAAAACACUGUUUAGGAUGAGUAAUUUGGUUCAAGUGAGGCUCUAAAAAGUAGAAGGCUCAAAAGGACAUGGAUGGAAGUAGUUAAAAGAGAUAUGCUGACUCCUGGUCUGACAGGAUAUGAUAGACCGGAAUGGCAGAACAAGAAUUGUGUAGUUGACGCCAAAUAGUUGAAACAUGACUUGGAUGAUGAUUAUGAUUAUGAUGAUGAUAAUGAUGAUGGUGAUGAUGAUGAUGAUCUUGUUUGAUACUGUGCAUGAUCCAAACAUGCCAUAUCUGAAUUGAACCAAAAUUAAAUAUGUUUAAUAGUUGAUUUUUCGUGCUUGCACCAAACAUAUCACUAUUAUAGGGAUAUGCAAAUAAUUCAUCUGAGUUGAUUUAUUCGAGGUUUAAUAGAUAUGCUUAAUGUAAUAGGAUCUGGAAAGGGGAGUUUUGACUUUAUCUGAUAGUGAUAGAGAAUGGGACAUGAAGCCCUGUAUAUAUAUAAAGCAAGAUCUACUUUAUCCAAUUACUGCAUACCUAUUACAUAACGCUACAUGUCAUACACCGCAUGUGUAUUAUUGUACCUUGACCUGACAAUGUCCUUUUUAUCGAUAAGUCAUUUAUGAGUUACGAGCUAUUGUUAGGCUUUAAUAAUAGCAGGGGAGGAAAAAAGUGGUUUAAAAAGAAAUGUUGGAAGGAGCAAUGUGGGGAUAUUAUGGGGGCCACUCGUGGAGGUGGAUGAAAAGAAGAAUAGGGGCAUGAUGCUGGAGUGCGAGUCAAGCAAUAAGAGGUUGAGGUGUACUGCUUGAGGAAGAUGAGCUUGGAUCUGGAGGCUAACAUCAACAAGAUUGAAGAAGUUUAGGUGAACUACUAGAAACUUCACUACAGUAAGGCCACGUUUGUUUCAUGGGAAUUAACUCUUUGAGAGAGUUUGUUCUUGUUGUACUACCAUGGGAGAUCUGUAGACACUGUAGCUCAUGGGAAAGCACAUUCACACUUUAAAACAAUGCUCUUUGCACUUUUAUGAGGAAGUGGCUUUAUACCUAUUAACGUAUGAAAUCGCUUUCCAUGUGACUGAAAGGCUCUUUCUGGAAAUGUACUCUUUAGAAAGAGUUUUUUGACAAAAAAACGUACCCCAAGGUUGUCUUAAUUCCUUUUGAGAUGGGUGUGGGGGGUUUGUGAGGCUGGUUAAACUGCCCCGAUUACUGUGUACUUAGCAUGUUUUUGUUGUUAUUCUCCCAGUAGGGUAGAUUAUAGGUGUUGAUAGUUGGAUGUUGUAAAGACAAUUGUCAUUGCUGCUUUGGAGGAUGACCUAUUUUUUGAGAUUUGGGAGCUUGAAUAUUUGGUAAUCACUACACAUUUAUGGACUUAAAUGGUAGGAGGAAGGCUCUAGAAUAAGCUCAUGGAUUCUAAGGAAAUAUCAUAUGCUGUGUUGGGUAGGGUGAAAAAUUAGGACUUGAAUAAGUGAAUGGUUUCAGUCUAUUUAUUGAGAAACUACAUCGGCUAGGGAGUGAGCAGUGUGCUCAUUGGGGGUCAAGAAGGAUGAAGUCAUUCUUAAGAUAAUGUCCAUUUGUAAUUUAAGUGUUCGAUGAUUAUGAUAUUGAGGAUGGUAUUGAGAAGUUGGAUUGGGGAUUGAAGCGUAGUUUGGCUUUAGAGUCCAGUGGGCACAUUUUGAGAUUUGGUUUUUGGAAUUCUUAAGUGCUGGCAUAAGAAAUUUGCUUAGACGAAUACUUUCUAUCACUUGAACCCUUGAUCAGUUGAUAAUAUUUGGCUUGAGGUAGUUUUGCGUUACUGGUUCACAUGUUGUGCUCUAAUGUAAGAAGAGCGACUUCUGUGGCAUCUUUAGUAUUGGUAAUAUGGAUUAGACAAUAAAAGUGGCGAUUCGAGACUGUUCUUUCUAAAAUUUUCCUAAGUAAUUUCAUUAUUGAUUUUUUAAGGGCAUCUAAAAGGAAGACACCUGGCCUUCCUUGGACAAUAUAGAGUUAGUUUUUCCUUCAAGUUUGUGGUGAAUGGCAUCAAUAUUGUCUCCUAGUGUCCAAAUGGUAUGGAAACUUUAAUAAUCGUAUUUUUUAGUGUAAAAAAGGCGACCUUAGAAGUGGUUGGAGAGGAUUAUGACUUGAUGUUCAUAUUGUGGGAUCUGCCGUGAAUGCAUGUAGGGGGUUUACCAUCUACGUUCUUCCAAGAGAUUGCAAGUCAGUUCACUCCUGAGUUUAACCAUUUGUCAUUUGGAGGGUUGUGUGGGAGCCCUCACGAGAGGAUGCUCUUAAGUUAAACUUUGACGGGAGCCCUAUUAUAAUCUUAGGUCUACGGAGGAUGGAGGGAAUUCUUGGGGAUUAUUUGUGGGAGGUGAUAAUGACUCUCUUGGAACCAGCGGAUUUUUGUGUUUUUUAGAUGGUUGAGAGCUUCACAUUGCUCAUUUUUGUACAGGACCUAUAUAUAGGAUACUUGGGCCCUAUAGUCGUGGAAGGGGAUUUUUUUGAUGUGAUCAUAUGGUGGGGACAGAUCAUGUUCUGAUGUUCAUGAAGAAUGGGGAUCAUUUCGAGGAAAGCAAGUUUUUCAGCUCAUGUGGUACAUCUUCCGUGCAUGUCCUCAGGGAGGAUAACAAUGUCGCAGAACUAUUGGCCAAGAAAGGAACAAAAGGGAUGGCACUGCUCAAGUUGUUGUAGUUUUUAGUUUCUCUCUUAUCCCCUAAAUAUGUCUAUUUCUCACUCUGCUUGUACUUCAUGUGCAACUUGAUCUACAUAUUACCUCAUCAAUGAAUAAAGUUAACCGAAAGUUAUCUAUGUAUAAUUUUUUUGUAAAGUUUGAGAAGUGACCAUUACUAUAGUUCCAAACUGAAGCAGGGUGGGUGCAGGCAACUUUAGUUUCAGUGAGGGCAAGGAUAGAGGGAUUGCAUUUCAUAAUGAAAUCCCUCACUGCCUGUUUUUUAUUAGGGAGGCCUAACCCUCAGAUAUUCCAAGAGAGAAUAAGCAUCAGGGCAGGCGAAUUAGGGUGGAGAUGCUAGGGGAUCUUCUUACCAGAGACCCUUGGAGAAUGGGGUCAGAGGCAGGUGGCGAUAAAGGUAGGGAAGCAGCACGAUCGUAAUUGAUAUUACAGACCACCUUAUCAAGUUCCCAUUUUCCUUUGCAACUUAUCUUUAAUCUGGCUGUGGUUUUCGACUUGAAGAACUCGUUGAAGGGUCCUUCAGGUCCAGAGUAGGGGAAGCCCAUGGUUUUUGACUUGAAGAACUCGUUGAAGGGUUCUUCAGGUCCAGAGUAGGGGAAGCCUGUGGUUUUCGACUUGAAGAACUUGUUGAAGGGUCCGUCAGGUGCAGAGUAGGGGAAGCCCAUGACGUCCAUAAUAUUAUGAAUCUUUCCUUGAGCACGAUCUAUUCUGCCUACAAAAGAGGAGUCCACCGACGGGACUGAGGCAGAGGAGGAGUUGGAAAAAGCUAAUCCAGGGACACUAUGAGGCACCGGGGAUCCUUCUUCCGAUGGAGGAGGUUACUAAGAAAGGGGCUGCAUCAAGAACGAAGCGCGCGAGUGACGACAGCCACAGUAUUUUCCCCAACCACCCCACGACGUCAGCCACAAUAGAUCUCACCUACCCAUGCGCCUAUAAGUCACGCCCUUCCCCACCGCUGUAUGCAUUCCCUUCUAUUUCCCCUCAAACUUUCUCUCCUCAAACUUUCUCUCUUUAGCGCUCAAGGGGAAAACCUCUUCACUGCCGCUGCCGUUGUUGCUGCUGUUGUUGGCUGCCACGAGGAGCAAGAAGGUGACCUAUGUGUGGAUUUUAGAGCACCGUGAGCUUCAGGCAAGUAUACAUGGCUAAGGAGGUAAAAACGGGGGACAUUGUUGCCUUGAAGAAAAUUCGAAUGGACAAUGAAAGAGAAGGGUUCCCGAUCACCGCCAUACGUGAAAUCAAAAUUCUGAAGAAGCUGCAUCAUGAAAAUGUUAUUCAGUUAAAAGAAAUUGUGACAUCUCCAGGUCGUGAGAAAGAUGAGCAUGGGAAACCAGCAGACGGCAAUAAGUAUAAAGGUAGCAUCUACAUGGUUUUCGAAUACAUGGACCAUGACUUGACUGGUCUUUCUGAUCGACCAGGAAUGAGGUUCACUGUUCCUCAAAUUAAGUGCUACAUGAGGCAGCUAUUGACGGGUCUGCAUUAUUGCCACGUCAAUCAAGUACUUCAUCGGGAUAUUAAAGGGUCAAAUCUACUCAUUGAUAAUGAGGGUAAUUUGAAGCUUGCAGAUUUCGGCCUCGCACGUUCCUUUUCAAAUGAUCACAAUGGGAAUCUCACCAAUCGUGUUAUUACAUUGUGGUAUAGGCCUCCAGAAUUGUUACUGGGAUCCACAAAGUAUGGUCCAGCUGUGGACAUGUGGUCUGUUGGUUGCAUUUUUGCGGAGCUCUUGUAUGGAAAACCAAUCUUGCCAGGAAAAAGCGAGUUGGAGCAGUUGACUAAAAUAUUUGAGCUUUGUGGAACUCCUGAUGAAGUCAACUGGCCAGGGGUCUCCAAGAUACCCUGGUAUAAUCAAUUCAAGCCUCCAAGGGCAAUGAAGAGGCGCGUAAGAGAGGUCUUUAAACAUUUCGACAGGCAUGCUUUGGAGCUGCUGGAAAGAAUGCUAACUCUUGAUCCAUCUCAGAGAAUUUCUGCAAAGGAUGCUCUAGAUGCUGAAUAUUUCUGGAACGACCCUUUACCAUGUGACCCUAAGAGUUUGCCCAAGUACGAAUCCUCACAUGAGUUCCAAACAAAGAAGAAACGGCAGCAACAGCGGCAACAUGAAGAAAAUGCAAAGAGGCAGAAGUUGCAACACCCUCAGCAACAUGCUCGGCUACCCCCAAUUCAACAGACUGGCGGUCAACCCCACCUUCAGCUCCGUGGGCCGGGUGUUAACCAACCAAUGCACAACGCCCCCCCCCAAGUGGUUGCAGGCCCCAGCCACCACUAUGGCAAGCCUCGAGGUCCGGCUGGCGGUCAGAACAGGUACCCACAGGGAGGGAACCCUAGCAGUGGGUACAACCCUAACCGUGGAGGCCAAGGAGGCGGUUAUGGUGGACCCUAUCCCCCUCAAGGACGUGGGGCUCCUUAUGCUUCAUCAGGUAUGUCUGGUUUGGGUCCAAGGGGUGGGGGUGGAGGUGGAGGUGGAGGUGGAGGUGGAGGUGGAUAUGGAGUUGGUGCUCCAAACUAUGCCCAACCUGGUCCUUAUGGCUCUUCGGGAACUGGUCGAGGCCCAAAUAUGAUUGGUGGUAACAGGAAUCAGCAGUAUGGAUGGCCACAGUAGCAGUAUGGAUGGCCACAGUAGUAUCAAGUUGGUGGAUAAAUUAACCACAAAACCAUAGUUGAUGGUGGAUUGAGAUGUAUUUGCCAAACAGGUGUGGUGUGGAGUGUGGGAACCACUGAGUUGUGACCUGGGUAUUGGGUUCAAUCCCUGUGCUUACCAACUAGAGAUGAAAAAAGCUUGCAGGUUUUGUUGGAAAGGAAGUGAAAUAUGUUUGCUUAAACUGUAUUCACUUUUACUUUCAAUCUUUUAGCUUGAUAAUGAUUUGAUCUUUUACCUUGAGAAUCGUGGUUGCAGAUAAGAGCCGGAGAGCAGAUCAUUGUUUGAAUAGAAUGGUAACUACUACCAAUUCCACCACUCAUUAUGUAUGUAUCAGUCGGCAUAUAUAUCAUACAUUGAACUUAGAGCAGAUUUUCCCUUGGUAUGGGGAAUAUGGUACCCUGACCCAGGUCAGUUUUUACCACAUCAGAUGAUUGAUCAAAUGAUCACAACAUUUUUAUCUUUCCCAUAAAUUAUCUAAAAUAAAGAUAAUUUUUAAAUGCAUCAUUCAA